AUGGCCAACACUGCAUACACCAUUGAAGAGCGUGGAGCUCGCAAUUCGCUUGACUACCGAGUCUAUUUCAAGGACGCUUCUGGUAACGCUAUCUCUCCAUGGCACGAUAUUCCCCUAUUUGCCGAUCAAGCGAAGAAGAUCUACAACAUGGUUGUAGAGAUUCCCCGCUGGACAAAUGCUAAAAUGGAAAUCGCCACUGCCGAGCCAUUAAACCCAAUCAAACAGGACGUGAAGAAGGGCGCCCUUCGCUACGUACGCAAUCCAUUUCCUCACAAGGGCUACAUUUGGAACUACGGAGCGUUUCCACAAACUUGGGAAGACCCUUCGCACAUUGAUCCAGCUACCAAUGCUAAGGGUGAUAAUGAUCCAAUCGAUGUGCUGGAGAUUGGCCAGCGAGUCGCCGCUCGUGGCGAUGUUCUUCAGGUGAAAAUACUUGGCACCAUUGCGCUGAUUGACGAGGGUGAAACCGACUGGAAGGUGAUCACCAUCAACGUGGCUGACCCGCUGGCUGAGCAGCUGAAUGACAUUGAGGACGUUGAAAAGUUUAUGCCAGGCUUUUUGCGAGCCACCGUCGAGUGGUUCAAGAUCUACAAAAUUCCCGAUGGCAAGCCGGCAAAUGAGUUUGCCUUCAAUGGCGAGGCAAAGAACCGAGAGUUUGCCGAAAAGGUCGUUGAAGAAACGGCCAACUUCUGGAAGGCUCUUCACGCUAAAUCGCCCAAUGACAGUGGCCUGGACGUGAAAAACUUGUCCGCUGGUAAUGCCAACUCAAUCAAGGCUGAAGAUGUCAAGCCCAUCUUGGAAGGAAAACCGCUAAGCAGCACGGUGGCUGCUCAACCGAUCGCCGACCAGUCUGCUAUUGACAAGUGGUACUACAUUAAACUGUAG